GGGUGGCUGCGGCCUCUGAGGCGGGCCCGGACGGAAGGCGGGCGCCGGGUUCGGGUGUGAGGCGGCCGGCGGCAGGCGGCGCGGGAUGGGGGUGACCUGUGUUUCCCAGAUUCCAGCAGUUGAGGGAAAGAGCGUCCAGCAAGCAGUGGAGAUGCUGACAAAGAGGCUGGAAAUACUGGGUGCUGUUAAGCAGGGCACAUUUUGUGUGGACUGUGAAACUUAUCAUGCAGGACCUACAGUGACCAUCCCAGGGCAGCCUGCUAAAUUCAUGUACGUUAUGCACAACACUGAGUAUCCUCUCAGCUGCUUUGCACUUUUCGAAAACGGGCCCUACCUGGUUGCUGACACAAACUUUGACACACUCAUGAUCAAGCUGAAGGGGUUUUUCCAGAAUGCCAAGAGUAACAAGAUCGAAAGCCGAGGCCCUCGCUAUCAAUAUGGUGACUUCUUGAUAAAGGUUGGGACGGUUACCAUGGGACCCAGUGUCCGUGGUAUAUCUGUUGAGGUGGAAUACUGCCCCUGCAUAGUGUCAAGUGACUGUUGGAAUCUCAUGAUGGAAUUCAUGCAAAGCUUCAUGGGAAACCACACCCCUGGAAUCCCUUCUGUAUUCUCGACAAAACACGACGGAAUUUAUACCCCGACGGACACAGCAGUUCAGUAUAUGGAGCUGUUCAAUAAGAUACGGAAACAGCAACAGGCUCCUGUGUCAGGAAUUAGAUAGGCUGCUUUGCAUGGGUUUUGUACUUGCAAAUCUAAACCACCUCUUCAUUGAAUCUGAAAAGUAAAUCCUAUCAAUAAGGAACAUUUGGAAUUGUUCAAAUUGCUACAACAAUCUUGCAAUGCUUUUUUUUGUUACAAAGAGUGGAAUUGGAGUGAUGCAAUGUAGUUUAUUUCUUCCCAUCUCUACUGGUAGAUAACUUCACACCUGGUUUCCAAUGUCCAGAAGAGUUCGAUGAUGUUGUAUUUCUCUUUAAAUCUCCUUCUCAACUCCUUGCACUGACUCGCCUGCCUGUGAAAUAAGUGGAGCAGCAUUGCUCGAUUGGGAACAAAAAAGAGCACGGCAUGAUGCGAAGAAGCCAGUGACAUGAGCUUACACCAGUACUUUCUCCAUUUUGACUGUACCACUGUAAAGAAGGACUGGAUAAAGUCACUUGCUCACAGGGUUGCAGGCAAGAAGGGGACUAGAUCCAUCUUCCUAAUUAAAUCCAGUGAUCAGUUUGGUAUAAUUGGCUAAUUCAGACCGUGCCUAACUGUGGAUGGUGUGUGGGAUGGAGAUGGUAUGCAGCAGAGAAGCUGAAAAUAGUGGGAAAAGCCUCUUACUCCUAACAACUAAAUAACUCUUAGAAGAAAACUGUUGGAGAUGCUGGAAAUCCGAAAUACAAGUGUUGGAACUGCUCAGCGGAGCAUGGGUUGAUGCAUCGGUGGAGAGAAGUCUUUGAAGCUUAUUGACCUCAACUGUUAAUUCUCUGAGAAUUUUCUCAUCUGAGAAUUUUCUACUUUCAUAACAACAUAAUUGUUUACCUUCUGUGCAGUUACAUAGAGUCAUUGUAAAUUUGCUGUAAAAUAGGACUGAAAGUCCUUUACCUGGGAGUUCAUUAGAUCAGUCGACUGAGCGACUCUUGCUGUCCAGGAAGGUUUACCUUUCGAUUUUAUGCAAAAGUAUUACCCUAAGUGAGCCAGGGCUUGAGUUUUGUUUUAGAAAGAACACAAAUAUAGCCCGGGUUCCCAUUGCUGAUCACAGUCAGGUGACUCCUGUUCAGAGUACAUAUUUGGACAGUACAGUGGCACAGCUGGUGGUGGUGCUGCUGCCUCACAGGUCCAGGGACCCAGGUUCAAUCCUGACCACUGCUGUCUGCAUGUUCUCUCUGUGACCGUGUGGGUUUCCUCUGGAUGCUCCAGUUUCCUUCAACAUCCCAAAGACGUGCGGGUUGAUAGGUUAAUUAGCCACUGUAAGUUGCCCCUUGUGCGUAGGUGAAUGGUAGAAUCCGGGGCGUGGUGGGGGUAGUUGAUGGAAAUAUGGGUAGAAUAAGUUACAGGGCUGAUUAGUGGGGGGACGGGAUUGCUCUGAGCAGGCAUGGACUCGACGAACUGAAUAGCUACCUUCUCCGUCAUAAGAAAAUACGGAAUACAGUAGCUCUUGUGACCAAACAUCUCGCCGAGGCAUGCUCAGCAGGGUUGCAUAGAAUCGCUACCUGUGUGAGAGAGCAAGUGGUGCCAAAGCUGUGUCUUUCUUUUCAUAUAUGUUUUGGAAUUUGUAUUCUUUAUUGAAGCUGGUCAAUUAAAAUGUUUUUUUAAUUAAAGGGAUUUUAUGGUUUAGCAUUUAACUUGUUG